CGCGCGCCGUGCGAGUGACCCGGCAGCAGACGCUGACCACUGACCCUCCUCCUCCACCUCCUCCUCCUCCUGCCGCCUUUCUGUGUUCACUCCGCGUCUACCUCGGCUUCUCCACCGUCCCUCCUCGUCACAACAACAACAACAAGCCCGUGAGCUGCGGCUUUAAGGAAGAGAAUGGAGAAAAAAGAUGGUCCUCAUGCUGCUAAGUCAAAGGUGGUUAAGGAAGAGGCUCUCUGGACUGGAAAAUGGCUUAAAGUGGAACAGACAACAUACUUGGAUCCAAAAGGACAAAUAAGGACCUGGGAGACCGUGAAAAGGACAACGAGGUCGGCGAGCUGCGGCAGUGACGGUGUAGCCAUCAUGGCCAUCCUCAAGCGAACACUGCACCACGACUGCCUGCUGCUGGUAAAGCAAUUCCGGCCGCCCAUGGGCUGCUACACGAUAGAGCUGCCCGCCGGCCUGGUUGAUAGCGGGGAGACAGUGCAGGCAGCUGCUCUACGGGAGCUGCAGGAGGAGACCGGCUAUCACGCUGAGAUCACCGGCGUAUCUCCAGUUCUGUGCCUCGACCCGGGCAUUUCCAACUGCACCGAGCUGCUCGUCUCUGCCGUAAUCAACGGGGACGACCCUGAAAACCGGAGGCCUCAACAGGAGCUUGAAUUUAUUGAGGUUCUGUUGGUGCCAGUCAAUGAGCUUCUGCAAAAACUGACAGAGAUGUCCAACAAGGGGAUUGUGGUCGAUGCCCGGGUCCAUAUCUACGCAAUGGCUCUCGUCCAAGCAACGGCCAAGCCCAACCUGCUGCCAUUGCUCAAGGCAUAGGACAUCGAAAACAGGGAAUACCAUCUGACCGACCAGAUGGGGACACCAAAAAUACCAUGCGGCGAACACCGACCAGAUCGCGUGGGAUUUUUGCACAAUGCGACGCCAUGCCAAGGCUGUCGUGAAAGUAGAGUGGGUGGGUGGGUGUGUGUGCGUGUGUACGCAGUCUUUGUUCGGGGAGCGGUAGUGCAGGGGUUAGCGUACUGCACUACGAAAUCUGGCAACCUAGGGGCCCUCUUCUAAGUCGACUCAGCCUGAAAUGGGUACCUGGUGCAGUGUGUAAACAUCACUGCUAGGAAGACAACGGUGGCCGGACGUGAUGCUAGCCUUGUUAGCCAUGCCUGCCUUCAUAGAUAGUCGUUCGCAGCACUUGCCCCAACAGCCUAUGAAGGCUAUAGGGGGAAUAAUUCCUUGUUAUGUGGUAGUAUAGUGAUUUGCGCUAUGAACCUGGUAACCUUAGUUUGGUUUCCGGCAGCAACUAACAUCAGUGGUGAUUAUCUGAACCGGUCCUGAGCCUCACCAAAGUGGACGCAACAGUAAAUGAGUACCAUGUACGACGUGUAAACAUCAGCACUGGGGAGACAAAGGCAGCUGGGUGUGGUGCUGGCCACGCAACCACCCUCUCCUGUGCUGUGCCAGCCUUUAUUAGGUGAUAGCUAACAGUACUUGCCCCAACAGCCUGUGUGGGCUUUAUGGGGGACCUUUGUAUGUGUGCUUUGGUUGGUUGGUUCCUUUUAAGUGUGGUGAUUUCAAAUUGGUCAUCGUCCUUUGGUCACCUAUACCUCACCUCUCCUUUUCCAGUAGACUGAGGUUUAGCUACGAAUUCCCAUGGUGCUUGCUUUCUUGGCUACAUGAGCUGGUGAUGUCCUAUUUAUUGAUCUGAUCAAGAGGCACCAGACUCAUGGUUGGAUAUUUGAGAUCUUGUAUAGCAGAGCACAGCUUUUAUUUGGAUAUCUUCAUGAUGCCUUUGCCAAAAAUAGUCACAUCUUGUCUUGAGCUAAUUAGCAAUACCCAGAGUGCAAAUCCAAUUUUUAUUUUCUUACAUUCCAUUUUUAUUUUGUUUAUUCCCUUACUGAUUCUCAAGGUUUUCAGCAGGGUCCUGCAUUGGGAUGUUUGGCCAAUUUUUCAAUUAAUAAUUAAUCAGUGUCACGUGGGAGGAAACCAGAUUAUCUGUUGAAAACCCAGGCAUGCCAGGAGGUAACACUCCCAGCUUCUCAGCAAUGGAUUCAAGACUCCAGUAAUGUAUUCAAGAAUCCAUUGUUGACCUCCCAUCUUACACGACCUCUCUGUGAUCCAUAACUAGUGGUGAAAAUUUCACCAUUGCUGUUGUCGGAGCCCCAACAUCUGAGUAAUGCGUCCACUGUUGACUUUCUUACAAAUGGUUCAUCGGCCUGUCUAUCGUUUUGACGAUGACAUCGGUGAAUUCUUGGUGUGUCAGUGCGAGGCUUUCUCCAGAUUCGGGAGAUAGAAAACAUCUUGUAUAGAUUGACAGGUCAUGGUGGAAUGGUGAUCAUUUUAGGGCCCAUUACAACAAAAAAUCCCAAUACAACAAAAAAUCCCAAUGGAAUAACAGUGGCUGAGCAACAUUGCAGGAACCUUGAGUGGGAUUUUAACUCGUGACCUUGUCACCUUGAAUAUUUUGUCUUGAGGUGCUCCUGAGUGAGUUACCCCAUCGUGAUUUCUCAAUCGUCACAAAAUAAUACUAAAGGCUAUCUUUGAAAACUCCGAUGGAUUUUUUAACAGGCAACAUUCGUCACUAACGCUGCCCUUAAAGAGGAAAAAAUAUAUAAUCGGCGACGUUACGUAGAAGGGCCAUUGCUCAAAAACGUCGCCUAUUAUAAUGUCCUUGUGGUCCAUGGCGGUGUUAUUGACAGACGUGUUGAGAUUUUGUUAUUUGUGCUCGUGCACUGCUUUCAACAGUGCAUCACAACAAAUGUAUGGAUUUUAAGACCAGUUCACUGUAUUAACGUUGUUUUAGCUUGCACAUCCAAAUAAAUGUCAAUGUCUUCACUGUUAAGGAACACAAAGCAAAGUGGUGUAGAAUUGAUUUUAGAUUUAAAUUACAGAAAACAAUUGUUGUAUAACUUGUUUUUACUUGUAUCAUAUUUACAUUAUAUACAAGAAAUACAUCUGAAAGCAGUGUUGGAAACAGAUACUUGCAUUACCUGUAGCCUCAUGUGUGAGAUUGUGAAUGUUUUUUCAUUUGCCUCCACCCGCGCUUGAGCGACUGCCGUGUGUAAUGCAGUGCGGCAGCAGUGAUGCUCCAACGAGGGUCAAUUCACACCUUCCAGCAGCCGGCAGUGCAGCCGUAGAAUUUAUGUACAGUACAGUAUUACAAUAACGACCACGGAAACGAGCAUACAUUCUCAUGUGUUUUUGCGAGCUUAACAGCCAAAUUAGAACAGUUUCGCCAACACGGCAAACAUUGUUUAUUUCGUAGGAGCACAUAGUUAGCCGUGAGUGCAAUUAUGUUUCUUGCAAAUUGGUUCGGCCUGGUGUCAAACAGAAGGUUUCAUUGGAACCCAGUGCAAAGGCACUUACAGUGGCCGUGAAACCGGUGACAAUAACGACUAGUUUUGUAUCGAUAUGCGCCCUCAGUCAUCUGGAUGUUGAUGAGAAUUGCACACCUAACGAUGGAUCGAUUCCAUUUUUACACGUAUGAUACCUCUGUCAAAUCACCCGCGCGAUAACUGAUUAUGUAAGUCAUGAAAAGUGUGCGAUCAUAGGCACAUGCGUUACACAAAAUUACAAAUGAGUAGUGAACUUGUAAUCAUGAGAUUUAACCAAUCUUUUGUAUCUUAUUGCAACUCGAAUAAAAAUCUUAACGGUGA